AUGUCUCGAAGAUCUGAUCCUUUGGAUUGUAAGGUAUACGUUGGCAGUCUUCCUCAAGAUGCAACAUCGCAAGAGAUUGAAGACGCUUUUAAUCGCUUCGGUCGUAUACGAAAAGUCUGGGUGGCUCGUCGACCGCCAGGGUUCGCUUUUGUUGAAUUUGAAGACAGUCGUGAUGCGGAAGAUGCUGUAAAAGCUUUAGAUGGAACAAGGAUCUGUGGGGUACGCGCCCGUGUUGAAAUUUCUCAUGGUCGUCGUCGUAACACUGGUUUUGGUGGCGGUGGCGGCGGAUCUGGUGGUGGUGGUGGUGGUGGUUAUUAUGGUGGUGGUGGUGGUGGUGGAUUACGAAGAUCCAGGUGUGUUUUUCGAAAUUACUUUGUUUUCAACAAGGCUAUUUUCGUGUUGUGGGUCCGAAAAUGA